UGAGUUUCUCGAAACAGCUGUUUCGCUGGUUUCUGCAAACAAUAACAAUAAGGGAGAAAGUAAUAGUUGAUUUUGGAGUCGCAGAAACAAAGGCAGCUAAACCUGUUAUUAUCUUAGAGCUCGCUAGCAGCGUUACAGCAUCUUAGUCCCCAUUUGCAGAGGCAAGCGGAGCGUCAGUUGCUCCAACUCAGUGAUGGAAGUGACCUUAAAAAAGGCUCGACUGGUAAAGGCCCCAGUAGCAGCACAGUCGGAGGACGACGAAAGCGACGAGGUCUCCUCUGACCUCGAUCCUUUCGGCUGGUGGGCCCUGCCAGAGCCAGCUCUCCUGAUGAUCUUCGAACGCCUGAGUGUACCCGACUUGCUCAUGGCAAGCCGCUGUUGUCGGAGGUGGCAUAGCAUUGCCAAGGAUGACUUGUUGUGGCGCCAUAAGUUUCAGGAGCACUUUAGGGCGUCCCCAAGCAUUCAAUUAAAGCCAGGAGCCAAUAGUUGGCGGUCGGAAUACGAGCGACUGUCCAUGCACAUACCCUUCAUUCAGGCGCAGCGCCUGGAGCCAACUGUGGAGAAUAACCACGGCCACACGCACCAGGUCCUUCAUGUGAGUUUUGCUCACAAUGGUGAAAUGUUCGCUACUUGCUCCAAGGACGGAUAUGUGAUAAUCUGGAAUGCCAAGCACCCAUGCUCGGAGAAGUAUGCGCACAAUAUGAAGCAGUUCAGUUGGAAGUACUCACAGUACUCGCAGUUCAAUCAGAGCGACACCUUGCUCCUCGUCUCCGGUGUCCAUUUCGGCUCUCCCCAGUCCACUUCAGGGGAGAUUGCGGUAUUCUAUCUAGGAGCAACUGAGUCUCACCUACGGUGUCGGGUUGUUAACCGUCCUUACGACAUUUUUGGCACCUGGUUCAGUGAUCAAUAUCUGAUCUCCGGCGAUCUGCACUGGCUGGCUCAUUUAGUAAGCACCUCUGUUUUGUGGCUAAACAAAGCCAACCAGGAAAUCGACUCGGAGCAUGUGCCGAUCAUGAGCCAGCUAUACAAGUUCUACAACCGCAACGCCAGUUCUGUACGAGCUAUAAUGGUAGCCAGGUGUCCGUGGCUGGACGAGAGCAGUGAUCCAUUGACCCAAUUAUCUGAGCAUGAAAGUCACAGUGCGCCAGUUUCGGCGCACAACAGCGAUCAGGGGACUAGCUCUCAGGCCAGUGGUAAUCCUCUAUCCCACGCUGCCAGCCUGCGACGUACAAGGAGCGCCACUCCCGAAGAAAACUACUUGCCAGACAUCAGCGAGCGUCGUUCCAGAACGCGACCCGGAGAUGCCACUAUUCACUAUUUGGAGGAAUACAGGAAAGCGGUGGCAUCUGCUAAUGAACAACACGAAGACGAUGACGAAGAGUAUGACAACAUGGAUGUACAAGACGAAUACGAUGAAAUGGAAAACAGUAUGUCCAAAUAUCUCAUUUUCUCAACGGGCUCCAAGACUUUUACGCCGCACCAAAUUGGUUUCAAGCGCAUACGCAAUGUUUACUUUCCAAAAAAACUAGAUCCUGGACCAACUCUUAAGGAAAGAAUAGCUGCUAAGCGGGCUGCAGAGCAACAACAGCAGCAGACACCUCGUACUGAUCCCGACUGGUGGGACUAUGAGUCAGUGAAGGAUAGAUUUGAUAAGGUUGACAAAGUGAUAGAUCUGCACGGGCACAUAAUAGGCAUGGCCCUGAGCCCGGACCACCGCUACUUGUACGUCAACACACGUCCGUGGCCGAAGAAUUAUGUAAUUACCAACCCUCUGGAGCCGCCACCUAUCGCCCAAGAGAUUGACAUUCAUGUGAUCGAUUUGAUGACUCUUAAGCGGGUGGGCAACAUGCUUCGCGCCCACAAGGCCUACACACCUAGCACGGAGUGCUUCUUUAUUUUUCUGGACGUCUGCCAGGACUAUGUAGCGAGUGGGGCAGAAGAUCAACACGCAUACCUCUGGGAUCGGUACUAUGGUAUCAGCCUGGCAAAAUUCAAACACUCGGACGUGGUCAACAGUGUGGCCUUCAAUCCGCGCGAUUCGGAAAUGUUGGUUACCACCAGUGAUGAUUACACAAUCAAGGUCUGGCGUUCACGUGCAAAGGCAAAGGAAUUGAGUAUCCCCAUUAACAUAAGCGAAUCCUUUGAGCUCAAGCCCAAAAACUGAAGUUCGCAUCUGAUUUCAAAUCCCAAAGGUGUUCUUACUGCCCAAAAUGACCGCCUCUGUUUGUAGAUCCAAGUGAUUUCAGUUAGUUGGUUUAAUGUUGUUAACUUUUAUAAUUAUAUAUAUUUAAAUUGGA